AAAAAAUCCAUUAUAAAAAGGGCAGUAGCCAUGUCUUAGAAAUCCAUCCUUACUACUAGCUCAUCACAUAUCAAUCCUUACCCAUCAUCUUCUUCUAAGAGAAAAACUCUAAUCUCUAAUCAUGGCGGUUCCACACUACCUUCGAGCCAUAAACAGAGCAUUACGUAGGAGGAGUCAAGCUCGACAGACUGCCCACUUAGAACGUCUUCUCGGACUAAUCGUCUUUGUACUGAGUUUGGAAACUCCAGAACUAGAACAAGUUGUUUUCUUGAAGUACCAACUCGUGCAGCUUCAGAAUGAGAUAAUUGAGUUGAAAGGAAGGCUGGAGACUCUUCGGGCCACCACUGGGGAGAGAGACAUGCGUAUUAAACGCCUCCAGGACAAGCAUGACUCAAUGAUUAAAGAUUUGCGGGCACUGUGGAAGGAGAAGCUAUUCGGAAGUGAUUAGAUCAAUUGGCAAGAACAAACAAAAGCAUCGUUAAAAGAGAAGAAAAACCAAAUAAAGUUGUAGAAUUAAUUGUAGUGGUUGUUCUUUUUAUAUCAAUGAAGCAGUUCAUUUGUUUUAGAACGACUUUA